CCUUUUCCCCCGAGCGCACCUUCGGCUUUGCUCCGACGCCGGCGAGCGAGACCGCGCGAGCCACCGCGGCGGCGGCGGUUUGCGGCGAUGGGGUCCAUGACGAUCGGCGCCAAGUACAAGACCACGAUCAAGGACCCCGGCACCCCAGGCAUCCUCCGCAUGAACGAUGAUAGGUUCACCUUCACCCCUAAUGAUCCACGGUCGGCAAUGAAGUUCAAUGUUGAUUUCCGAACCAUCAAAGGUCACAAGUUCAACAAAGUAGAGGGUAACAAAGCAGCAUUAUUGAACCUUUCAAAAGAAGACAAGGCUGGAGGCUACAUAUUUGAGUUUGACAAUGUUGGUAACCGCGACCUAUGUCGAGACUUUGUAGCUAGGGUUUUAGGCAAACAUCAAGGGACAGUGCCUCCUAGACCAACUGUGGCUCCAGAAAACUCAGUUGCUUCUGCUGCUCUGGAACAACUCAGUGUUGCUGAAGUGGAGAGACGGGUGAAACUGUUGCGAGAAGACAGUGAAUUGCAGAAAUUACAUAAGAAGUUCGUUCUGGGAAAUAUUCUGCAAGAAUCUGAAUUUUGGGCAACAAGAAAGAAUUUACUUGAUGAUGAAGCAAAUAAAAGAUCAAAACAAAGGGCAGGUUUCAAGAAUUCGCUAGUAGAUAUUAAGCCAACAACUGAUGGUCGGACAAACAAGGUUACUUUCCAGAUCACACCUGAGAUGAUACAUCAGAUUUUUGCAGAAAAGCCUGCUGUCCGUAGAGCAUAUUUAGAUUAUGUUCCAAAAAAGAUGGUAGAAACCCGAUUUUGGGAAAAAUACUGUAGAGCUGAGUAUCUAUUUAGGACAAAAAACACUGCAGCAGCAACAGCUGAGGCUGCUGGAGAUGAGGAAUUAGCUAUCUUCCUGAAGAAUGAUGAUAUACUGGCGAAGGAGGCAAAGUUGAAGAUAAAACGAGUUGAUCCAACAUUAGACAUGGAGGCAGACACUGGAGAUGAUUACAUUCAUCUUCCGGACCAUGGGAUUCACCGUGAUGGUAACAAAGAGACAAUCGAUGCUGACAGUGAGUUGGCGAGGAGGACGUUGUCUCAGGACCUGAACCGUCAUGCAGCUGUUGUUCUUGAAGGGAGAUCUCUUGAUGUUGAGUCGACUGAUCCAAAGACUUUAGCUGAAGCCCUUGCAAGGUCCAAGAAAGAACCGCCUUCCACUUCUAUUGAUGAUGAUGCUAAUCAUGAGAGACUAGUGAAGGUAGCUAGAAUGACGGAGAUAGAGGAUCUGCAAGCUCCACGAAGCCUUCCGUAUGCACCACUUUGUAUAAAGGAUCCUAGAGAAUAUUUUGAUUCCCAACAAGCAAAUGCUCUGCGAUCUCUAGGUGGCAGCAAUGACGGAAGAAAAGCUCGUACUUGCAGCUUGAGCACUGAAGAAGCAUUCCAUCAUUUAAUGGAUCAAAUGUCUUCUAUUAAAGUUAAUAAGCUUAACUGUCCGAUUAUUCAGUCUGAUAUGGCUCUUAAGGUUCUUAAUGAAUUGAACGAAGGGAUUUCUCGUUCAAGGAGACUUAACCUCAAGAAUCCUCAAGAAGGUCUCCUUGGUCAGCUGCCUCAACAUACACGGGACGAGCUUAUGGAUCAUUGGACGGCUAUCCAGGAAUUGCUACGGCAUUUUUGGUCAUCGUAUCCAAUAACAAGUGCAGUCCUUUAUAACAAGGUUCAAAGAGUUAAAGAAGCUAUGACACAGAUAUAUCAAAAGUUGCAGCUUAUAAAGGAAUCGGCGCAGCCUGAUGUAAGACAUGAAAUAUCUCGGCUCGUAAAGCCCAUGACUCAGGCCUUGGAUGCCGCCUUCAACCACGAUCUGGAACAGCAGCAGAAGUCAUCCAAGACCGGGAACAGGCACAACGGGUUUUGACUGAGCCCAGGAGAUUGGUUUGACCAACACAUCGAAGCGAGACGGGCGUGCUGUGCCCUGAUAUACAAGAGCUGCCGUAGAAUUCUUGAGGCUUCUACGAUUUUGAUCUCUCUCUUUUUUUCCCCCUCUCUUAUUAAUAGCUGCAGGAGGAGCCUGGUAUUUGCAGCCCCAGGAUAUUGAUCUAAUGCCAUCAAUUGUUUGUAAUUGAAUGAAUAGUGAGACUGGCAAACGCAUGACGCUGCCAACGCGUUGUACUUGUACAUGACGGUCAUGGCUAUUCGAGAUAGAA